CAACUACAGCAUCCACCUGUUUCCCUUUCGACCAUCUUUACCAUUUUCAACGACGUCAUAAAGGCAUCACCAUCGAAUUUCUCGCCCUCAGACCACAACCAUGUCAGCGCCUAGUCCCGGAGGCGACGCCAGCGCGGCUCCUGCACCACCCCCGAAGCCGCGGCUCAAGCUCAACGUGAGCCGCUCGUCGUCCUUCAUCGGAGAUGCUGCAGUGACGCCUGGAGGGACCUCUUCAUCUGCGCACGCGCCUCUGACAACGCCCGGCGAAGGUCCGCGCAAGGUGAAGCUCAAGAUCAGCUCUUCGCAGCCGCCAACGCCGGCGGUAGCAUCAGCGAACAAGGAUGUGGUGAUGAAGGACCUGGGCAGAGAUAAAGAGACCAAGAAGGAGAAAGAGAAGGACAAGGACAAAGGGCUACCGCCAGUGGUGACGACAAAGGCGGGCCGACAAGCGAAACCGAGUCAGAAGCUCAUCGAAAGCAAGAAGCGAUCGCUUAGCGACGACGAAGACGAGGCGCCGCUACGUGGAAGCACGGCAGGCACCGUGGGCAAUGGCCCUCCGCCAGCCACAAAAAUCAAGAUCAAGCCCAUCGUCAAGGUCGGAGGAGGUGGCGGCGGAACAAAGGUCAAGGUGGGAUCCAAGGCUGGGCUUACUCAAUUGGUGCUCAAGCCUCGUGGUCGUCCGCCUGUGCACCCCCCCGGCGAUGGCUAUGACUCUGAGGCCAGCGACAACGAAGUUGACCCGGCAAUCGAAGAGCAGUUUGUCCUGCGCAUGUUGCCUGGCGAGCACGCCGACUAUGUGCGCACGUGUAUGGAGAACGGCAAGAUUGGGCUGCCCAAGGCGGCUGGGGGCGCUGAUAUUUACAUGAGAUUCUUCGAAGAGGACUCUCGGCGCGGAGUCGUGGCUGUCAAGGGCCAGUGCUUCGCAGCUGUCAUGGUCGAUCUACCCACCAUUACGGAGUCGAUGAAGACGUGGGACCGCAAGUCAUUGAUGAAGUCGGCAGACAUCUGCCAGAUGCUCUUUGCAUUCCAGGCUGUUAAGAGUGAGGAGGAAGCAAGACACGUACCUUUGCCUAGCAUCAUUGAUUCGAACUUCAAAUGGCCGCACGGCCUGACACCACCGAUGCACGAUUGCGUGAACCGACGAUUCGCCAAAACCAUCAGCCGCAAAGAAAUCGAGGACAAGGAAGCGGAAGUCGAACGGCUUCUCACCGAGGACGCUAAGUGCGCCUCCACGAAAUGGGAAUGGGUUGAUGAGCGUGAAAACGGGGUCGAUGAAGACGGAGAGGAGGACGCUGAAGGCGAGAUGGAUGAUAGCAUGGGCUAUUUCGGCCAAUCGCACAUGUCUAUGGGCGUCGAGGAAGAAAACGAUUUCGAUCUCGAGGCCGACCUGGAAGCUGCCUUUGCCGACGAGCUCAUGGCCGAAACCCCUGCUACCGCCAUGGACACUCAGACCCCCACAGCUGCACUCGCUGGAACCCCUUCGGCCUCGGCAGCCCUGCAGCAAAGUAUCGAGGAAAGUGAAUCUGACGACGAUGAUGACGAUGACGAUGACGACGAUGAUGAUGACGACCUCGAUGAAGAUGCGCGUGCCCAACGUGAUGAAGAACAGGGCGUCAAGGACAUCAUCAACGAUCUCAAGAAGCAGCUCGCUGCCCGUGUGGCCGACUUUGAAAGGACGCAGAACAAGAUUCUCAGGACUCGUCUUGAAAACCAGAUCAAGCAGCUCAAAUCGGAGAUUGCGCUCAAGCAAUCUUCUAUUGGUAUCGAGGCCGACGACUAAAGAGUUCUUGGUCAUAUCUCCCAAGGUUUCUUUUAUUGGCGCGCUUCAUCAAUACUCUAAUUACAUCAUAAUCGUCCUCUAGCUCAGAGAGGGUUUCAAUCAGUUUUUAUUUUCUUUGGUACCUUUUUUUUUUGGUGCCGUUCGUCUGGCAAGGAGUUUACGGACUGGUUAAAAGGGAGAGAAUGACAUAACAUGCAAGGAAUGGCGGCUGGGAUGGCGUUGUAAUGUAUUUUAACUCGCUUUCUUCGCUUGAUGAUUCAUUCCGAUAUGGAGUCAGCGAUUAGGAUUGGUAUAGCCUUUUUUCUUCUAC